AUGCAGCCCAUCACCCUGCAGAACCUCUCCAUAUGUUUCCAGCUCCUCAUGUUCUCCUGUCAGACUCAGGGGGAGAAUCAACCGUCUCCUAAUUUUAACCAGUACGUGAGGGACCAGGGGGCCGUGAGCGACCAGCUGAGCCGGCGGCAGAUCAGGGAGUACCAGCUCUACAGCCGGACCAGUGGCAAGCACGUCCAGGUGAAUGGCAAGCGGAUCUCCGCCACCGCCGAGGACGGCAACAAAUUCGCCUGGCUCCUGCCAGGAGAAGCCCUUUGGACGGACACUUUUGGGAGCCGCGUCCGUAUCAAGGGGGCCGAGAGUGAGAAGUACAUCUGCAUGAGCAAGAGGGGCAAGCUCAUUGGGAAACCCAACGGCAAGAGCAAGGACUGCAUCUUUACGGAGAUCGUGCUGGAGAACAACUACACAGCUUUCCAAAACGCCCGCUACGAGGGCUGGUACAUGGCCUUCACCCGCAAGGGCCGGCCCCGAAAAGCCUCCCGCAGCCGCCAGAACCAGCGGGAAGCCCAUUUCAUCAAACGUCUCUACCGGGGGCAGCUGCCCUUCCCCAACAACCCCGAGAGGCAGAAGCAGUUCGAGUUCGUGGGCUCGUCCUCCCCCCCCCCCCGCACCCGCCGCACCCCCGCCCCCCCCCGCGCCCCUCGCCCCCGCACGUAA